AUGAGGCUAGGAUUAUUGCACCACCUCGUUCUUGCCUUACUCCUCGCCUAUGCCGCCGGCGGCAUUGUGCCGGCGAGCGCCGGCGGGAGCUGGGAGCUCCUGCAGAGCAGCGUCGGCGUGUCGGGGAUGCACAUGCAGCUCCUGCACAACGACCGCCUGAUCCUCUUCGACCGCACCAACUUUGGGCCGUCCAACCUGACCUUCCCGCCCGGGCACCCGUGCCGCGUCAACCCGCAGGACGUCGCGCUCCCCAGGGGCGACUGCACCGCGCACUCCGUCGAGUACAGCGUCGCGUCCAACACGUUCCGCGCGCUCUCCAUCUUCACCGACACCUGGUGCUCGUCGGGCCACGUCGCGCCGGACGGCACCCUCGUCCAGAACGGCGGGUGGCAGGACGGGACCCGCAAGGUGCGCGUCAUGCCCGCGUGCAGCGACGGCGCCACCACCUGCGACUGGACGGAGAAGUCAAGCCCGGACCCGGAGGUGCUCGCCGUGGGUCGGUGGUACGCCACCAACCAGAAACUCCCCGACGGCCGCGCGAUCGUCGUCGGUGGGCUGAACCAGUUCAACUACGAGUUCCUACCCAAGUCGGCAGGCCCGCCUGGUGUCUUCGCGCUGCCGUUUCUGUCCCAGACUAACAGCCUGUACCCGUUCGUGCACCUCAACAUAGAUGGCAACCUCUUCAUCUUCGCCAAGAACCGCGCCGUCCUGUUCGACUACAAGAGCGGCACCGUCGUCCGGAGCUACGCCAUGCUCGGCGACGGCACCGAGCUGAGGAGCAACCCGAACGCGGGAUCGUCGGUGCUGCUGCCCCUGAAGCCCAACCCCACCGAGGCCGAGGUCCUGAUCUGCGGCGGGACGCCAGCCCGCGCCGUGGGGAGGUUCCCGCCGGCGCUCAAGACGUGCGGGCGGCUCAAGAUCACGGACGCUAACCCGUCGUGGGUCAUCGAGGAGAUGCCGUCGCCGCGGGUGAUGGGGGACAUGAUCCUGCUGCCCAACGGCGAGGUGGCCAUUAUCAACGGCGCCACGGACGGGCUCGGCGGGUGGGAGGCGGCCAACACGCCGUCCACGGCGCCCGUCAUCUACCGCCCGGACCUCCCUUUCGUGACCCCGACCGGUCGGUUCGAGGCGCAGACGCCGACGGGCACCCCGCGGCCGCGGAUGUACCACUCGUCGGCGGUGCUCCUCCGCGAUGGCCGCGUGCUCGUGGGCGGCAGCAACCCGCACCACUACUACAACUUCACCAACGUCAAGUUCCCCACCGACCUGAGCCUUGAGGCCUUCUCGCCGUACUACCUCGACGUCUCCAAGGACCUCCGUCCGUUCAUGGUCGACCCGUCGCCCAAAGGCAGGCCGACAACUGUGACGUACGGGGGUUCUCUGGACCUGCUGUGCAGGAUCCCCGACCGCUCCGUGGUGUCGGUCACAAUGGUCGCGCCGUCGUUCACGACGCACUCGUUCGCCCAGAACCAGCGGCAGCUGUUCCUCCAGGUGCAGGUGAGCAAGGCACAGCUCGAGGCACCACCCGGCGUACGGGUGCCGGACGACGCCUACGUGGCUUCCGUGACGAUGCCGGCGACGCCGGUGUUGGCACCACCGGGUUACUACAUGCUGUUCGUCGUCAAUGGGCGCAUUCCCAGCGAGGGGAUCUGGGUACACAUACAGUGA